GCAAAACAGCGGCGAUUAAGUCUCAUUGCAUGGAUCUGCGCAGGCAUGUCCUCUUGUGCACACUAGCUGUGCUCUUCGCUCAAAUCGGUGCUGCCAUUCCGGCUCCCAUCCCGUCCACGUCCUCAUGUUCCCGCCAAAUGAGUCGAGAAGCCAUGCAGAUUAUCCACCACUGUUUAUGCCCGCGCAGGCGCUGCGUUUCCACGUACCCGACCAAUGUCCACUCGUGGCGGAGCACAUUCAGUACCUUGACCAUGAACAUCAAAAGGAACGCACGAGCAGCGGGCGGUAUCGGUGUGGCUUGUGCAAGAAGCAGUUCCGCAACGAGGAGUACAUCGACCUCCAUUUCGACCGCAGGCAUUCCCCCACCCGAUCGGAUGGACUUUGCAUGGCCGACUUCUGCGAUAUUCUCAACUGCCCCUCAUACACCGCCCAAGUCCGGCAUGCCAAGUGUACGCACACGUAUGCACGGCGCCUCAAGCAAAAGUGCCUGGCGUUAUUCCAAGCGUGUUUUCCCUACGUGGAGCCUUCGUACGACACGACAACGCUUCGACGCGGAGAACCCGAAUCGAAUCGACUCUAUGAGUCGAUGGUAACCAGUAUCUGCGACACCAUCUCCUGCGAGGCUCCCGACGCAGUCGACCCCCCGUCCCUCCUCUCCGUCAUGGCGACGGCACUUGCCAAGUUCCUAUGCCUCGUAGGGGCACUCAUGGGACUCAUCUUCGCUUUCGACCGGUGAAUUGUGACCAACACCCGUGUUUGUCUUUCACACUUGUCUUGUAGACCAACAAAAUCAUCCUCGACCAAGGCCCGCCCGUCGAUACGGCGUCCUAAAUCGACAUCCUUGUACAGAUCGCCAACACACCAACAAACCCACGAUGACUAGGAUUCGACGUUCCUUAACCUGACAGCAUGGCAAACUCUUGCAAUGUCAGCUUGCCCUUCUUGUUUUUC